UCGGCCAGGAUCCCGCAGGCCACACAGCGCAUCCCGGCUCCGCGCCGGUGCCUCCGCCGUCCGGUCCCCUUGCAAGCGCUGCACGGUUCCUGGCGCGUCCCCGCGGCCUCGGCCGGGCGCUUCGCCGGGCUCCGGCUCCUGCAUCCGGACGCAGCGCGCAGGCCGAGGCGCGGGCAGGCCGCCCCCGCCGCUCGCGAAGCUGACGAUGAGCAGCCAUGGCAACAGCCUGUUCCUGCGGGAGAGUGGCCAGCGCCUGGGCCGGGUGGGCUGCCUGCAGCGGCUGCAGGAGAGUCUGCAGCAGAGAGCGCUGCGCAUGCGCCUGCGACUGCAAACCAUGACCCGCGAGCACGUGCUGCGCUUCCUGCGCCGGAAUGCCUUCAUCCUGCUAACCGUCAGUGCUGUGGUCAUCGGGGUCAGCCUGGCCUUUGCCCUGCGCCCAUAUCAGCUCACCUACCGCCAGAUCAAGUACUUCUCUUUUCCUGGAGAGCUUCUCAUGAGGAUGCUGCAGAUGCUGGUGCUGCCUCUCAUUGUCUCCAGCCUGGUCACAGGUAUGGCAUCUCUGGACAACAAGGCUACGGGACGGAUGGGGAUGCGUGCAGCAGUGUACUACAUGGUGACCACUAUCAUCGCAGUCUUCAUCGGCAUCCUUAUGGUCACCAUCAUCCACCCUGGGAAAGGCUCCAAGGAGGGGCUGCACCGAGAGGGCCGGAUCGAGACCAUCCCCACAGCUGAUGCCUUUAUGGACCUAAUCAGAAAUAUGUUUCCACCCAACCUUGUGGAGGCCUGCUUCAAACAGUUCAAGACGCAGUACAGCACAAGGGUGGUAACCAGGACCAUCGUGAGGACCGAGAAUGGGUCUGAGCUGGGAACCUCCAUGCCUCCUCCAUUCUCUAUGGAGAAUGGAACCAGCUUCCUGGAAAAUGUCACUCGGGCGUUGGGCACCUUGCAAGAGGUGCUAAGCUUUGAAGAGACCGUGCCUGUACCUGGCUCAGCCAAUGGCAUUAAUGCCCUGGGCCUUGUGGUUUUCUCUGUGGCCUUUGGGCUGGUCAUCGGUGGCAUGAAACACAAGGGCCGGGUCCUGAGGGAUUUCUUCGACAGCCUCAAUGAGGCUAUUAUGAGGCUGGUGGGCAUCAUUAUCUGGUACGCGCCUGUGGGCAUCCUGUUCCUGAUUGCUGGGAAGAUUCUGGAGAUGGAAGACAUGGCUGUCCUGGGAGGUCAGCUGGGCAUGUACACCCUGACUGUCAUCGUGGGCUUGUUCCUCCAUGCUGGUGGCAUCCUUCCUCUCAUCUACUUCCUCGUCACUCACCGGAACCCCUUUCCCUUCAUUGGGGGCAUGCUGCAGGCCCUUAUCACCGCCAUGGGCACAUCUUCCAGCUCUGCAACACUGCCCAUCACCUUUCGCUGCCUGGAGGAGGGCUUGGGUGUGGACCGCCGCAUCACCAGGUUCGUGCUGCCCGUGGGGGCUACAGUCAACAUGGAUGGGACUGCCCUCUACGAGGCCCUGGCUGCCAUCUUCAUUGCUCAAGUCAACAACUACGAGCUCAACUUGGGCCAGAUCACAACGAUCAGCAUCACAGCCACAGCGGCCAGUGUCGGGGCAGCUGGCAUCCCCCAGGCGGGCCUGGUCACCAUGGUCAUUGUUCUCACAUCAGUUGGCUUGCCCACUGAAGACAUCACACUCAUCAUAGCUGUGGAUUGGUUCCUUGACCGGCUUCGCACAAUGACCAAUGUGCUGGGGGAUUCGAUCGGGGCGGCUGUCAUUGAGCAUUUGUCUCAGCGGGAGCUGGAGCUGCAGGAGGCUGAGCUCACCCUCCCCAGCCUGGGGAAGCCCUACAAGUCACUCAUGGCCCAAGAGAAGGGGGCGUCCAGGGGUCGGGGAGGCAACGAGAGUGCCAUGUGAGGGUGCUCCCAGCCCUGCCACCCAGAAAGGAGGGAAGGGGGCUGGGAGAGGAGUCCUGGGGACAAUCUGAUGCCCAAGUGACUGUGGGCUGAACAUAACAUGUUCUGCUUAGCUUGUUUAGGGGGAGGAAACCAAAAUAAAGGAGCAGGAAUGAAAGGUA